AUGCCUGGGGAGAUAGAAACUAUUGUUGCUUGGCGCCCAGUUGAUCUUGAUAGUUUUAUACCUGGGUAUACUUCGGAAAUGAUGGAGGAGAUCGCCAAGGAAUAUCUAAUAAAGUGGCGGAAAAAAUCUUACUUCCAAACCUCAUGGAUGCCUGGGUCAUGGGUUUGGGCGAAGGCUGCUCCUGCCACCCGGAAAGCAUUCGCCAGGUCCUCAAAAUCCCUAAAGCCGAUUAUGUCGAAAGAAGAUGCAAUUCCAGAAGAAUUUUUGCGGGUUGACAUAAUUUUUGACUUGGAAUACUCAAAUGUGGUCAGAAAUACAACACUCGAGAUUGAUAUGGCCCGCGUCAAAGAGGUAUCAAAGAUAUAUGUCAAGUAUAAGGGCCUGCCAUAUGAAGAUGCUGUGUGGGAAACCAUCCCAUCACCUAAAGAGACUGAGCGCUGGCAUGAUUAUCAAAGGGCAUACCAAGAUUGGGUUGCUGGGAAGUACGUGCAUGUGCCUAAAAGUCACAUUAUGAAGAAGAAUUUGACCACUGCACGGUCCAAAGAUUUUGCUACACAGCUUGUUAAAAAAAACCAACCGGCCUUACUAACAGGUGGCCAAAUUAUGGAUUACCAGAAAGAUGGCUUGAAUUGGCUUUAUUACAUGUGGUACAAAAAGCAAAAUGCCAUCCUCGCUGAUGAAAUGGGGUUGGGGAAAACAAUUCAAGUAAUCGCACUUUUUGCGACUUUAGUUCAUGAUCACAGAUGUUGGCCUUUCCUAGUGGUUGUUCCGAAUUCUACAUGCCCUAAUUGGCGUCGGGAAAUAAAGUCCUGGGCACCUUGGUUACGGGUUGUGACAUACUAUGGCACCGCAGCUGCGAGGAAGAUUGCACACGAUUACGAAAUGUUUCCGGAUGGUACAUCGGAUCUUCGAUGUCAUAUUGUUGUUACUUCAUAUGACUCAAUGAUCGACGAUAAGGCAAGGCGUCUGUUUUCAAGCAUUCCCUGGGCUGGUUUGGUUGUCGACGAGGGACAGCGCUUGAAGAACGACAAAAAUCAAUUAUAUGAGGCGUUAACGCGCAUUCACUUCCCCUUCAAAAUUCUGCUUACUGGUACCCCUCUGCAAAAUAACAUUCGCGAGUUAUUCAAUAUCAUUCAAUUCUGCGAUCCGUCUAAAAAUGCUGAGGUCCUUGAACAGCAGUAUGGGGGAGAUUUUACAAAAGAGAAGCUCACUGAACUGCAUGACAUGAUACGCCCGUAUUUUCUUCGCCGAACAAAAGCUCAAGUUCUGACAUCUUUGCCCCCAAUGGCACAGAUCAUUAUACCAGUUACAAUGAGUGUUGUACAGAAAAAACUGUAUAAAUCGAUUCUGGCUAAAAAUCCAGAGCUGAUUCGGUCGAUUUUCGAGAGAAACCAAGGGAGAACAUUGAAACGGACAGAACGUCACAACCUAAACAACAUUUUGAUGCAGCUUCGGAAAUGUCUUUGUCAUCCCUUUAUCUACUCCAAAGCCAUUGAAGAGAGGACGGUCAAUGCGGCUUUGUCUCAUCGAAAUUUGGUUGAGGCUUCGUCAAAACUUCAAUUGUUGGAAAUGCUUUUGCCUAAACUGCAGGAAAGGGGUCAUCGCGUUUUAAUAUUUAGCCAAUUUCUUGAUAACUUGGAUGUCAUGGAAGACUUUCUUGAUGGCCUGGGUCUUCUGCAUCGCCGCCUUGACGGAUCUAUGACCUCUCUCCAAAAGCAGAAGCAGAUUGAUGAAUUUAACGUUCCCGGUUCACCAUACUUCGCAUUUUUGCUGUCCACUAGAUCUGGUGGUGUUGGGAUUAAUCUGGCCACUGCGGAUACGGUUGUCAUUAUGGACCCUGAUUUCAACCCACAUCAGGACAUUCAAGCUUUGUCGCGAGCGCAUCGAAUUGGUCAAAGGAAAAAAGUUCUGGUUUUCCAAUUAGUGACGAAGGGAUCGGCCGAGGAGAAAAUUAUGCAAAUGGGAAAAAAGAAGAUGGCUCUAGAUCAGGUUUUGAUUGAGCAUAUGGACGUGGAGGGCGACACAGAAAUUGAUUUGGAGGCCAUUCUUCGGCACGGAGCAGAUGCUCUCUUCGAUGAUAGUACCACAGACGAUAUUCACUAUGAUAACGAGGCAAUUGAAAAACUUCUUGAUCGAAGCCAGAUCGAGAAUACAAAGGCCGGGGAUGAUGGAUCUGCCGAGUCACAGUUCAGCUUCGCCAGAGUGUGGGUUAAUAAUACGCUUUCGGACAAACUAGGUGAUUCAGAAACGGCGACUCCCAGCAAUACAACACAAAGAGUCUAUGAAGUACGUCGGUCCAUACGAGCCACAAUCCCUGAUAUAAACUCAGAGGUAAACGGCUCAAUGCUGGAUGGGAGUGGAGAAUCGAAUACCAGAUCGCAUUCACCACGUCGCUGCGUAGCCUGCGAUCAAAUUCAUCCAAUUGGGCACUGCCCAUUGAAAUUGGCUGGUGUUGAACAUUGUGGGCUUUGUGGGAUUGCGCACUAUGGGCGCGGACGAGCAUGCCCACACCUCAGUUCAGAAACCCAGGUUGCUUUGAUGCUCGGCUCUCUCAAAGAAAGUACUGAACAGCGAGCGCUGGUAGACGAAGCUACCAAAUAUCUACGAGGCAUCCGAGGCGACCUUGUUAGAAGGAAGAAAAUCAAAGCUGCCAAGGAAACGGCAGAUUCUCUGCCCCUGGCCACUGCUGCACCAACAUCACAUCCAACCCAAAACGCACCAGCGUCUCCUGUCGAUCCCCCAUUCCUACCACACCAUCCAGGUCACAUUGUGGCAUAUCCUCCGUAUCCACCACAACUACCACCACAGUUCUCACACACGCAACAGUUAUCCCCUCGUCUGGAAACCAGGCACAAUUAG